AUGGACCCAGAGAUCUCGCGGGACAGGUCGCGGAUUGCCGUUUUGGGCGCUGGCUCAGUCGGAUCGGCCAUUGCAUUGUGCCUGAUUCUCAACCCCGUGGCCAGCGAAGUCCUGCUCGUGGACCCCAAGACGGACUUGAGAGACGCACAGGUCAAGGACCUCGGCGAUGCAACUACCUAUCAUGGUGCUGUUGGUGGUGGUGGUGUGAGAAUCCGAAGUGGCACGCAUAGAGAGGCUGGACAGUGUGACGUUGUGGUCAUCUCAGCUGGUGCUAAGCAGCGACAAGGCGAAUCACGCACUGAUCUGCUCGGGAGAAACUUGGCUAUCUUGAGUUCCGCCAUUAACGACAUGAAGCCGUUCAGGAAAGAGACCGUGAUCCUGCUUGUGGCGAACCCGGUGGAUGUCUUGACGUACUACGCCCAGAAAUUCGCCGGUCUUCCUCAGGGACAGGUCAUUGGUAGUGGGACCUUCCUUGAUAGCGCCAGACUACGAGGUAUACUGGCCGACAAGGUCGGCGUAGACGCCGGGAGCGUGGAUGCUUAUGUCCUUGGAGAACAUGGCGAAACCCAGCUGGUCGCUUGGUCGUCCGUGACCAUCGGGGCCGUCCCGCUGGAUCAAUGCCUCCCACCAGACAUAACCAUCGACCGCAAGGCCGUUUCGGCAGAGACCAGGGACAAGGCGGCCAAGAUCAUUGAAGCCAAGGGGGCCACGGCAUACGGGAUUGCCGCUCUCACGGCCAGUAUCUGCAAAUCAAUCUUAUUCGACCAGCGAAACGUUCGGCCGAUCUCACACUGGAAUGAGGAGCUGGGCUGUUGUCUGAGCUUGCCGGUUGUGCUGGGCCGCAAGGGGAUCGUGAGGACCCUCGAUAUUCCACUGAAUGACGAAGAGCGGCAGUUGUUGAACCAGAGUGCUAAAACAUUGAGGGGCUUCAUCGAAGAGGCCGCGAAGAGCCAGAACGCUUGA